CAGAGAAGUGAUAAAGUAAUCACGGUCAAUCAUGCAGGACAGAGGAAACUGUAAUUUUAGACAAGCUGCUAAAUAUAUUGGCGUCGUAUAACGAACGGACGAUUUUACACCCCACGCAUGGUUUCAGUAGAGUCCGAUGGGCAUCCUAGGCGCGUUAGUCCGUACAAACAUUUAGUUAAUAGUCGUGAAGAGGCAGUUGCCUCCAGCUGCCUGGAGUCGGCGGUUCAGUUACGUUGCCGCUCUCAACGAGGAGAGUUGUUCGUUGUCACGAAGAACAUAUUCUACCGAACAACGAAUUUUUAUCCUGACGAUAGUGAAUGCGUAAAGAACCCCUUUCGAACGGUCGACCUUUGACCUUAAAGAGAGUCGAGGGAAAAGCCAAACUGCAGGCGCCGGUCGUCGAUCUCUGUCUUCCAACUUCUCUGCGAUUAUCUGGAUUAUCGUUAUCGGAACGCUUCUCCCCCAGACUGCGUAUAAGGUUUUAAACCCAUCAUGCUACCUCGAUUGGUAUCACCAAUAAUUCUGCUACUCGUAAUUAUAGGUACAUUAUCACAAGCUUGUGAUUUGGAUCAAAUGCAAUAUGGGUGUCGUAUUUAUAACGCGCAAUGCAGGUGCGGUUACGGAUGUUCCGCUGAAUACAGAUACAAUAAUAACGAAGACUGUAAAGAAGCGUUAAGAGGUAGGCGUGGAGAUAUAUGCUACAGGUCAAAACCUUGCAUGAACGGGGGAUCAUGCUUGCAAAUAUCUUCCGAACCUGGGUUUAAAUGUCGCUGCGAAGGUACUGGUUACUACGGAUCACAUUGUGAUAAACCUUGUCCGGGACCAAAUAAUAAUCAACGCUUUCGAGGACCAUUCCCUUAUGAGUGUGUUAUAAUUUGAUCUGCAAUGUUUUGCCUUCUCAUCUAUUCGAAAUCGAAUACAUUCAGUAUGUUAAGUACAAAAAAAAUAAACAUAUUUUGGGAAAAUUUA